AUGGCGCUGAUUAAUAAUAUUUCAGUGUACUACGGGCUGGCUAUUAGACGUACUACUAAUACAUCUGUAAAAAAAAUGCAAGACUCGAUAAUGGCAACAUACUAUCAUAUGAUUUCUACAGACCGGAAGCCGCAACACCACCUGUGUGAUCCAGGCGCUGACAGCUGGUGCAAGUACCAGAGAGCACUUGCUGAAGCUGCUGCUGCUAAUCGAAAACAGAUUAAUUAUACGCACCCCACAGAUUUGAAAAAAACAAUUCAUCCAGAUUUAGCAAAAGAAAUAUUUCCGAUUUUCGAAGAUUUGUCUCGAGCUGAAUUGAUUGAAAGAUGUGUGGGUGGAUAUACUCAGAAUGCGAAUGAAUCGUUUAACUCAACUGUAUGGAAGCUGGCCCCCAAGCACUUGCACUCUGGUCGAAAAAUUGUUGAAAUAUCUUCGUUUUUAGCAGGUUCCAUCUUUAAUGAUGGUCAACACUCAGUGUUAAAAAUUAUGAACGAGUUUGGAGGCCUGCCCGGCAAGAACAGCCAAGCGUACGCCGAUUAUGCGAAUAAACGCCGAGUGAAGAAGCAGAACAAGGAAGCAUCUUUGGCUUCAAAAGAAGUUCGUACACUUCAUAAACAAAAAAGAACAGCUGAAGAUGAGUGGCACGAAGAGACAGAAGGAUUGAUAGGACUGGAGGUGUCCCCACCUAAGACGGAGGUGGUUGGCUUCCACCCCAAGGGCAGACCAGCACAUACCAGCGUGCGAGUCGCGGGCAGAGAAGUCAGGGUGGGAACUCGAAUGAGAUAUCUCGGCCUUACUCUGGACAAUAGGUGGAAAUUUGAGGCACACUUCUUAGAACUGGCCCCGAAACUAGAUAGGGCGGCCUUGUCCCUUAGUCGGCUCCUACCAAAUAUUGGGGGACCUAACACGAAGGUUAGAAGACUCUAUACUCACGUCAUAGCAUCAAUUGCGCUUUAUGGGGCCCCAGUGUGGGCCUACGAGGCUAAGAAGAGUAGGAGAAUUAGGCAACUGAUCCGAAACUACGAAGAGGUAUACGAAAGAGUAGCGGACUUGAGAAAGAACCUUCCGUCAAAUACUCCGAUACAACCUAGAUCGCUGGAGAUUAUUCAGGCGGAGGCUCAUAGGAAACUCGUCCAUGAAUGGAGGAUCUGGCUCAGAGCAACGGAACACGGAGGUGGAGCGGUUCUGGGGGCACUGGAGACACAGCUCCGAGAAUGGUUGAAGGCGGAUGUGGGCCUUACAUAUAGGUCGACCCAAAUCAUAACGGGCCAUGGCUGCUUCGGCCACUAUCUACGUAAGAUUGGAAAGGAAGAAACCAGCAGAUGUUGGCACUGUGUUUCCAAUAACGAUACGGCGUCACACACCCUCAGGUACUGUCCUGCGUGGAAUGGGGAGCGCGAAGAAUUAGUUAGGGUAGUAGGUCAGGAUCUGACAUGGCCCGCGAUUAUCCGUGCCUUGCGUGAGAAAAAGGAGAGGGAAGCGUUCCUCACAUUUUGCGAGAAGGUUAUGUCCCAGAAAGAAGCCGCGGAAAGGAUAAGAGAAGGGAUAGUCCUCCAUGACGACGGAGGAUAA